CAUAUAUCCAUUUUUUUUGUCUCAGAAAUACUGUGAAUUAGGACUCUCACAACCACUUGGCCUUUUCCGCAUUGGCAAGAAAGGUUUCUGAGUACAUCUUUACUCCGUUUCUUCUGCGUCCUGACCAAAACCCCUCUCUAGCUCUACAUCUAAUUGACAUACAGUCGAAUCUGAGGUUUUCCUACAUCGAUGGCGUCGACGGCGGUGAUGGUGUCUUCCGCUGGAGGACUACUGGCGAUGUUGAACGAGAGCCACCCUGCGCUCAAAUUCCAUGCGCUUACAAAUCUAAACGCCUUUGUUGAUUACUUCUGGCCGGAGAUCUCUACAUCCGUCCCCGUCAUUGAAAGUUUGUACGAGGAUGAGGAAUUUGCCCAAAGACAACUUGCUGCAUUGCUUGUUUCAAAGGUGUUCUAUUAUUUGGGAGAUCUUAAUGAUUCAUUAUCUUAUGCCCUCGGGGCGGGGCCGCUAUUUGAUGUUUCUGAGGAGUCUGACUAUGUCCACACUCUUCUGGCUAAAGCUUUAGAUGAAUAUGCCAGUCGAAAGACGAAGGCUGCUGAGGCAAAUGAAGAGGCAGCCGAUGUGGAUCCUAGGAUGGAGGCCAUUGUGGAAAGGAUGCUAGAUAAGUGCAUAGUGGAUGGUAAAUAUCAACAGGCAAUUGGAAUGGCAAUCGAGUGCCGAAGGUUGGAUAAAGUUGCUGAAGCAAUUGUCAGGAGUGAUAAUCUUGAUGCAGCUUUGGCAUACUGUAGUAACGUGUCCCAUAACUUUGUCAACCGUAGGGAAUUUAGACGUGAGGUUCUCCGUCUGCUUGUUGAGGUGUAUCAGAAGUCGGCAUCACCAAAUUACUUGAGCAUCUGUCAGUGGCUAAUGUUUCUGGAUAAACCAAAUGAUGCUGCUGCCAUCUUAGAGAAACUUCUACGCUCAGAUAAUAAGAAUGAUGCUCUAAUGGCAUUUCAAAUAGCUUUUGAGCUUGUAGAGACUGAAAACCAAGCUUUCUUACUCAGCGUGAGAGAUCGACUUCCUCUUCCCAAGCUCCAACCAUCUGAGCCUGUACACUUGGAUUCUACUGAGCAUAGCACUGCACAAACUGGAACCAGCAAUGCUCACGUGGAUGAUCAUAUGAUGGAUGAUUCCCAGGCAUCAAGUAGGGUCUCAUCAGUUGUGGAUUCAAAUGAAACAAUUUAUGCAGAGAGGCUGGAGAAAAUCAAAGGCAUUUUAUCUGGAGAAACUGCAAUACAGUUGACCUUACAGUUCUUGUAUAGUCAUAAUAAGUCGGAUCUCCUUAUUCUCAAGACAAUUAAGCAGUCAGUUGAGAUGAGAAAUAGCGUUUGUCAUAGUGCAACAAUAUAUGCUAAUGCAAUUAUGCAUGCUGGAACAACUGUUGAUACAUUUCUUCGGGAAAAUCUGGACUGGCUCAGCAGGGCAACCAAUUGGGCCAAAUUUAGUGCAACAGCUGGAUUAGGCGUUAUUCACAGAGGUCAUUUGCAGCAAGGCAGAUCUCUGAUGGCCCCGUACUUGCCACAGAGUGGGGCUGGUGGAGGUGGGAGUCCUUAUUCAGAGGGUGGUGCUUUAUAUGCUUUAGGGUUGAUCCACGCCAAUCAUGGUGAGGGUAUUAAGCAAUUUCUUCGGGAUAGCUUGCGGAGCACAAACGUUGAGGUUAUUCAGCAUGGCGCUUGUUUAGGUCUUGGGCUAGCUGCUUUGGGCACUGCAGAUGAAGACAUCUAUGAUGACAUCAAGAAUGUGCUUUACACUGACAGUGCUGUUGCUGGUGAAGCGGCCGGCAUUGGCAUGGGUUUACUGAUGGUUGGAACUGCAAGUGAGAAGGCAGGCGAGAUGCUUGCUUAUGCUCAUGAGACGCAGCAUGAGAAAAUUAUCAGGGGGUUAGCAUUGGGGAUAGCCCUCACUGUUUAUGGACGGGAGGAAGAAGCUGACACAUUGAUUGAACAAAUGACUCGGGAUCAAGACCCAAUAUUGCGUUAUGGUGGCAUGUACGCAUUGGCAUUGGCAUAUAGAGGAACAGCAAAUAAUAAGGCUAUCCGCCAGUUGCUACAUUUCGCCGUGUCUGAUGUCAGCGAUGAUGUUAGACGAACUGCUGUGUUGGCUCUUGGAUUUGUUCUUUAUUCUGAACCAGAGCAGACGCCCCGUAUUGUUUCUCUGCUAUCUGAGUCGUACAAUCCUCAUGUGCGAUAUGGUGCUGCAUUGGCAGUAGGGAUUUCUUGUGCUGGUACUGGCUUGAGUGAAGCCAUAUCACUAUUAGAACCUUUGACUUCAGAUGUCGUUGACUUUGUUCGUCAGGGUGCUCUUAUUGCAAUGGCAAUGGUAAUGGUUCAAAUUAGUGAAGCCAGUGAUUCACGAGUUGGUACAUUCAGGCGGCAACUGGAGAAAAUUAUACUGGAUAAGCAUGAAGAUACCAUGAGUAAGAUGGGUGCUAUAUUGGCCUCUGGAAUACUUGAUGCUGGAGGGAGAAAUGUGACCAUAAAGUUGCUUUCAAAGACAAAACAUGAUAAGAUCACUGCAGUGGUUGGGCUUGCAAUCUUCAGCCAGUUUUGGUACUGGUACCCGCUCAUAUAUUUCAUCAGCUUGGCUUUCUCACCCACUGCUUUUAUUGGGCUGAAUUAUGAUCUCAAGGUCCCAAGAUUUGAAUUCAUGUCGCAUGCCAAGCCCUCGCUGUUUGAGUAUCCCAAACCAACAACUGUGCCCACAACUGCAUCUGCAGUAAAACUCCCCACUGCAGUUUUAUCUACCUCUGUAAGAGCAAAGGCCAGGGCUAGUAAGAAAGAAGCAGAUAAAGCAAAUGCAGAGAAAACUUCUGGAACUGAAUCAUCCUCUGCAUCUUUGAAGGGGAAGUCAAGUGCUGACAAGGAUGGGGAAUCUAUGCAGGUAGACACUCCCCUAGAAAAGAAGACAGAGCCUGAACCAUCUUUUGAGAUUUUGACAAAUCCCGCCAGGGUGGUCCCAGUGCAGGAGAAGUACAUUAAAUUCUUAGAAGAUUGCAGAUAUGUUCCCAUGAAGUCUUCUCCUUCAGGAUUUGUGCUAGUAAAGGAUCUUAGGCCUGAAGAACCCGAAGUCCUUUCCCUUACGGAUGCUCCUUCUACAGCGUCAAAUGUUGCUGCUGCUGCUGGGUCUGCAGCCACACCACAGGGCUCAGCUUCUGCGAUGACUGUUGAUGAGGAGCCUCAGCCACCACCACCCUUCGAAUACACAUCAUGAUCUGCCAUGAUAGUUGAUGAGUUCUGAAUGAAAUUGUCGUGGUGUUAAAUCCCUUGGGAUAAAUGGAGAGCUUUUGGCCUUUUAACAUUGCAGGAGCUUUAAGAGCGCCCUCCAUUUGUAGGGCAUUGUAUCAGCUGACUUUUGGCCCCCGCUUGAUUCUCAGUGUUUGUGCUUGGUAGUUAUCAUUUAUGUGAAUCACAUUAAUGUUUUGUGCAACUUCUCAUGAGUCAUGAAUGAUUCAAGGGUGCAUGUUAACAUAGCAUUUGAUUUAUAUAGUUGAAGAGUUCACCUCCAUCAUGUUGGAUAUUUUGAUAGACAAGAUGAAUUUUCACCUCCAUCAUGUUGGAUAUUUUGAGCUGCCGCUCUCUUAUUUCUGCUCAGAAGUUAUUAUUCAUUAGCAUACA